AUGGAAUCCGGGCAGUAUGCCUCAUGGUCCGAACUUUUCAAAAUACAGUGUCGUGCCGCCCUGGUCAUCGACCAUCUUUCACCCCGACCCUCCUCCUCUUCUGGUAAAAACAAGGACACCGACAAAGACAAAGCCGAUAAAGAUUCUCCAGCCGAUGAUUCCUGGGAUCGUUUGGAUGCUAUUGUACUACAAUGGAUUUAUGCAACAAUAUCCAACAAUCUCCUUCAUGUUAUUCUGAAGCCAAACACAACCGUGUAUGACACGUGGAAGACCCUUGAAGGAAUUUUUCAGGAUAACAAAACUUCUCGCUCCAUUCAUCUUCUACACAAAUUCUCGAACACACAUCUCGACGGGUUCCCCAACGUCUCCGCAUAUUGCCAGCAACUCAAAGUGCUGGCCGAUCAACUCGCCAAUGUAGGCAGUCCGGUUGACAAUGACCGCCUGGUUCUUCAACUUAUCACCGGUCUCAACGAACAAUACGAAGGCAUCGCUACCAUCCUCCAGCAACAGGACCCUCUUCCAACCUUCUAUGAGGCUCGAUCAAAGGUCAUGCUAGUCGAAUCACGUAAGGCAGAACAAGCACUUAUUUUAGCCCAAACUGCGGGCACCGCCUUGAAUGCAAACUCCAACAAACCGCACCCACAGGUGAAUACCAGCGAAUAUCGUCAAGACUCUGACCGUGGCAGAGGACGCGGACGCUCCCGUGGCAGAGGCGGCAGAGGACGGGGCAACUGGGGUCGGACCCGCAACAACAGCUCUCCCAAUUUCCACUCAACUUGGCCUACUCAGCAACCUUUCUGGCCCAACUCAGCCCAGCAACAUCAGUGGACUGGGCUCGGUUAUCCUCAGCCGACUUCCUCCCAGCAGUGGGCCGCACCACAGAAUCAGUCUUGGGCCCCUCCUCCUUGCCCGUACCCCACUGCUCCUCGGCCCAAUUCAGCAAACACACAUGGCGGAAAUAGAAUUCUCGGCCCCAGGCCCACUCAAGCUCACAAUGCGUAUGCCCCGACCGACAUAGAACAAGCGCUUUACACUAUGUCUCUCAACCAGCCGGAUCCUAACCUGUACAUGGACACGGGAGCAACAGCGUGA